GCGGUCCAUUUUUGCUCAGACCCAGAUGGUGUCAGAGCUAUGACCAGGCCUGCAGGCGCCACGCCGAGUGGGGGUCAGUCAUGGAGCAGCCACAGGAGGAGAGCCCUGAGGCCCGGGAAGAGGAGAAAGAGGAAGUGGCCACACCUGAAGGAGCCCAGCAGCUCAACGGGGGACCAGAGCAUGUGCUUCCUUCCAGCAGCUGCACAGACCUCUCCCAGAAUUCCUCACCUUCCUCCCUGCUGGACCAGCUGCAGAUGGGCUGUGACGGGGCCUCGGGAGGCAGCCUCAACAUGGAGUGUCGGGUGUGCGGCGACAAGGCCUCAGGCUUCCACUACGGGGUCCAUGCGUGCGAGGGGUGCAAGGGUUUCUUCCGCCGGACAAUCCGCAUGAAGCUGGAGUACGAGAAGUGUGACCGGAGCUGCAAGAUCCAGAAGAAGAACCGAAACAAGUGCCAGUACUGCCGCUUCCAGAAGUGCCUGGCACUCGGCAUGUCGCACAACGCCAUCCGCUUCGGGCGGAUGCCGGAGGCCGAGAAGAGGAAGCUGGUGGCGGGGCUGACGGCCAGCGAGGGGCGCCAGCACAACCCCCAGCUGGCCGACCUGAAGGCCUUCUCCAAGCACAUCUACAACGCCUACCUGAAAAACUUCAACAUGACCAAAAAGAAGGCCCGGAGCAUCCUCACCGGCAAGUCCAGCCACAGUGCACCCUUCGUCAUCCACGACAUCGAGACGCUGUGGCAGGCGGAGAAGGGCCUGGUGUGGAAGCAGCUGGUGAACGGGCUUCCGCCCUACAAGGAGAUCAGCGUGCACGUGUUCUACCGCUGCCAAUGUACCACGGUGGAGACGGUCCGCGAGCUCACCGAGUUCGCCAAGAGCAUCCCCAGCUUCAGCAGCCUCUUCCUCAACGACCAGGUGACCCUCCUCAAGUACGGCGUGCAUGAGGCCAUCUUUGCCAUGCUGGCCUCCAUCGUCAACAAAGACGGGCUGCUGGUGGCCAAUGGCAGCGGCUUCGUCACCCACGAGUUCCUGCGCAGCCUCCGCAAGCCCUUCAGCGACAUCAUUGAGCCCAAGUUCGAGUUUGCUGUCAAGUUCAAUGCACUGGAGCUGGAUGACAGUGACCUGGCGCUUUUCAUCGCGGCCAUCAUCCUGUGCGGAGACCGGCCAGGCCUCAUGAAUGUGCCACAGGUGGAGGCCAUCCAGGACACCAUUCUGCGGGCCCUGGAGUUCCAUCUGCAGGUCAACCACCCUGACAGCCAGUACCUCUUCCCGAAGCUGCUGCAGAAGAUGGCCGACCUGCGGCAGCUGGUCACGGAGCAUGCCCAGAUGAUGCAGUGGCUCAAGAAGACGGAGAGCGAGACGCUGCUGCACCCCCUGCUCCAGGAGAUCUACAAGGACAUGUACUGAGCCGCCCGGCCUCCCGAUGGGCUCCAGCUGGGCCCGGCCUCGGGUUGCCUGAGGACCAGUGCGCGGGCACUGGGCCCAGCCCGCUCACAGCACUCCAGACGCGUGGCCCAGACUCACCCUCCCUGCCUUCUGCCACCUUUCUCCCCAGCACCCCUGCUCUUCCGCCUUCUGUAGCACCCUCCUCCUCCCUGCCUGUCCCAUGUCUGUCUGGUUCGUGUCGGCGGGGUAGUUGGUAUGCUCGCCAGCUGCCUAGAAGCAGCAGGUCAUGAGUUGUCCAGGUCCCGCCUCGCCUCCCUCUUCAAAGACUUACACCAUCCAAAGAAACACUAUGCUCUGGGCCAGUUUUCCAAGAAGCUUGGCCUGGCCUGACUACUGUCCCAGCCUGUGGUCACCGUCAUGGGCUUCCUGCAGAGGAGAGUGGGCCGGGAGCCAUAUUCCCAGGCCGUCUCAACCAAGGCACCCCACUCCCACACUGGCACCCUCCAUUCUUCUUGCCAGUGUUCUAGGCCAUAGUCACCGAUGGCCCGAGCGCUGGCUUGGGGUAUCCCCUCCAGAUGGGGUCCCACAGCCCCACAGAAGAGGAAGAGGGUAGAAGCUGGCCAGGGGAACAGCCCCCCCACUUUGUUCUGAUGCCAGAAAUCAGGUUUGGGUCCCAGGGUUAGAGGCCAGUCUCUGUCAGUACCCCCACCGACCUCUACCCAGCGUCCAGACUGGCAGAACCCGGUGCCAGGCGUCGGACCAUAGCUGUUCUUCUCAUCUCCUGGGAGACACUGGCACACCUGCGCCCCACAGCUGCCCCCGUAACCUUGACCCUGGCCCACCUCUCUCAUCACACCGCCCUACCCUGCCCUUCUCAAGGCCGCUGGGGCACGGCUGUGGCCCUGUUCCUAGGGUUGAUGGUCUGUGAGCAGGCUGGGAUGACCUGCCAGGUCCCAGGCAGAGCUGCCGGUGCUCCGCUGACCCUGUCCCCUCUCCCAGCAGCUCUUCAGCCUUCUCUCUCUCUCGCUUUUUUUUUUUUUUUUUUUUUUUUUUUGGCCUGGCUGGUCACCAACUCCUAGCUCCAGUGGCCUGAAGCUUGCUGGGUGCUCCCACAGUCUGCCCAGCCACGCAGAGCUGAAGCAGAUCCUGCCCAGGCCCCCAGGGAGCCAACAGCCAGGCCUUGGAAGCCUAGGCUUCAAGCCCUGCUAUCCUGGAUCUCUGCUGAGUCCUUUGUCCCCAGGGGCCUUAGCUAUUAGACCGGAGUUCUUGAGGGAGUUCUUGAGAAAAGCCGCUUGGAGAGGGACCAGCCCAGUGUCUGCCCCUGCUAGUAGUGCGGCAGCCUUCCGUUGCCAGGUUAUUUCCUGGCACGCUCCCCGCCCCCACCUCUACUGAUCAGGUCUUGGGGUGUUCCCUGGGGGUCCCAGGCUGUGAAUGGAGCUGCAUUCCCCUGCCCCGCCCCCGCCCAAGUCUGGUGCUGAGGAUGCAGCUCCUCUCAGGGUCUGAAGUCCCCAAAACUGAAAUGUAUAUUUUUGUUAGGAGCCCCAGCUUCCUGUGUUUUUAAUAUAAAUAGUGUAUACAGACUGACAGAACUUUAAAUAAAUGGGAAUUAAGUAUUUAA